CAAAAUAAUAAAUAAAUGAAUUUUAUAGAUUAAGAUGAUUGUAAUAUCCCUUUUGAUUAUGAGGAUGACUUAAUUUUCCCUCCAUAUUAUGAAAAUGCAGAAACACCUGAACAUAGCAAAUCUACUGAUUUAGAAUAAAAGUUCAAAAACGAUAGAAAGGAAAGAAUUUAAAAAAAAAGAAUAGAAAAGAAAUAAAAAGGAAAGUCCUAAUCAAGUAAUAAUCUGUCAAAAGAAGAGUUACGAAAAUUAAGAAAUAGAAAUUCUGCCUAACAGUCAAGAGAUAGAAAAAAGCAAUAAUUUGAUUCAUUGAUCUUAGAAAACCAAAACUAUUAAAUGUUACUAUAACAAAAAGAAUAAUAAAUAUAAUUAUUAAUGGAAGAGAACAAUUAAUAAAGAUUAAAAAUAUAAAUUUUAGAAGAAUAAAAGUAUUUAUCAUAACAAUAUUAAUUAGUUAAAAUUAUAAAUGCAUGAAUUGUUCCUAAGAAUCAAAUCAUGAAAUGAUAAGAGUAAAUGUUAUCACAAAAUAAAAGAUGAUGAAUUAUGGUUUAUUAUCUUUAUUGGCAAUUACUUGUAUUUUAUCAAUUGUAAGUAAUGAUUACGAAUUUUCACCAAAACCUAUAUCUUUACACUAAAUUUCGGAUUAAAAAUAUGACUUUUUAGCUCCUAAAUAAUAGUUUUCUAACUCAACAUAAUUGGCACUUUACAAUCAUUUAUCUAUACCAGAACAUUAGCAUAAUAAUCAAACACUUUUUUAUAAUUGUACAGGAAAUGAGAAGGAAUGUCAAACAUUUUUAAAUAUCAUAAAGGCUGAAAAUGCUAAUAAUUUAUAUUUUGUAAAUGAUGCUUCAGAUCAUUUACCUGCUGAAUAAGAUCAUCAUUUUGAUAAAGGGGAAGAUGUUUAUUUAAUCAAAAUUAAAUAAGAUGAUGAAGAUAAUUUUAUGAUAUUUAGAGCUAGAUGUUAAAUAACUGAAAGUAACAAAUUAUUGUUUGAAAGAGAUAGUUACGAUUCUUAUAACAAUAGCUUAUAAUACUGA